CCAAAAUGGGUCUCCAAACUGAUAUAUAUCCUUCUCAUGGCGUCAAACAGCAGCAUAGCUACUAUGACGAUAACGACUACUACUCCUCGGAGGAUAAUUAUUACAGCAACAAUGGCUCAAGCAUGCAAAUGAAGAAGCCUUAUGGUUAUCGCACCACUACUCCAACCCAAAAUCAUCACAUGAUGAUGAGCCAUGCCGGCUAUAGCCAAGAUGGGAACAUGUCUCAUGGUUCUGCUAAUAUUUCCAGCUAUGGAUCAAGUGGAAUGCAACACUCUUCCAACACGAACGGUGGCUAUGGAUCAAGUGGAAUGCAACACUCUUCCAACCCGAACGGUGGCUAUGGAUCAAGUGGAAUGCAACACUCUUCCCACGCCAAUGCUGGCUAUGGAAGUGGAAUGUAUGGAAGUGCAAUGCAACAAUCUUCCCACAUGAACGGUGGCUAUGGAAGUGGAAUGCUGCAUGCUUCCCACAUGAGUGGUGGCUAUGGAAGCGGAAUGCAACAUUCAUCCCACAUGAAUGGUGGCUACGGCAAUGGAAUGCAACACUCUUCGCAGAUGAAUGGUGCUUAUGGGGGUGGGAUGCACCACUCUUCACACAUGAAUGGUCGUUAUGGAGGUGGGAUGCAUGAAUCUUCCCACACACAUAUGUCCAGGGGUGUAGAGAACGAUUCCGAUAGGAAGCCUGGUUACUAUGAACAGCAUAACAAUAAUACUGAUCAUAUGUGGAACAUGAAGAGUUUGAAUGACUAAAUCCCCAAAAGUGUUUUGUGUAAGGUGGAACUAUAUAUGGGUGUUUUGGUUGAGUCUUUGGCUAUCUUAUAUUACAAAGGCCUAAAACCUAAAUAAUGAAUCUAAACAACCCUGCUACUAUGUACUCAUCCAUGUAUUACUUACUUUUUUAUACCCAAAACUAUGAAUAAUUUGAAUUAAAUGUA